AUGAGACUUUCAGGUUGCUUCAAAGAUGGUCAGCAUUAUGAAGAAGGAGCAAUGUUUAAAGAUAACUGCAACAGUUGCAAGUGUGAAAACAGUCAUUGGAGGUGCGCAGACGAAACAUGCCUCAUUCAGCCCAAUUUAAUUGAGCAAAUCAACAAUGGGACCUAUGGAUGGAAAGCUGAUAACUACAGUCAGUUUUGGGGAAUGAGCUUGAAAGAAGGUUUCAGUUAUCGUCUUGGCACGUUUCAACCAUCUGCUGCCCUGCUGGACAUGAGGCCAGUCACAGAAAACACAGGAGCUGCUGCAGACUUGCCUGAAAUCUUCGUGGCUUCCUAUGAAUGGCCAGGCUGGAUUCAUGGUCCUUUGGACCAAAGAAACUGUGCAGCAUCUUGGGCUUUUUCAACUGCAAGUGUGGCUGCAGAUAGAUUAGCAAUUCAUUCCCACGGCGGUUUCACAGGCAACCUUUCACCUCAGAAUCUGAUAUCUUGUGCCAUCAAGAAUCAUGGAUGCAAAGGAGGAAGCAUAAGCAACGCUUGGUCUUAUCUAAAAAAAUAUGGGCUGGUAUCCCAUGCCUGCUACCCUUUAUUCUGGAAUCAGCCUCUCCCAAUGACUUGUGCCAUUUCAAGUGUAUUUGAUGUCGAGGGGAAAAGGCGAGCCACAAAGCCGUGUCCAAAUCAGUUUGAAACAUCAAACCACGUUUAUCAGUGUGGCUCUCCCUACAGAAUCUCUUCGAAGGUGGCUGAUAUAAUGAGAGAAAUAAAAGAAAAUGGUCCAGUGCAAGCGAUCAUGAAAGUAUAUGAUGAUUUCUUCCUUUAUAAGAGUGGGAUUUAUAGGCAUACCAGUGGAGAACCACAGCAUGAGCACCAGGAGAGACUCCAUUCUGUCAAAUUAAUUGGGUGGGGUAUGCUAGAAGAUGCAGAAGGACAAUGGCAAAAAUAUUGGAUUGCUGCAAAUUCCUGGGGAAUCUCCUGGGGAGAAAAUGGUUACUUCAGGAUUUUACGGGGACAAAAUGAAUGCAAUAUUGAAAAACUGAUUAUAGCUACCAAAUGUUACCUUUAAGAGAUUUUCAUUAUGACCAUUAUUUUGUUCUACAUAUCUUUUGUAUAAAUGGAAUAUAUAAUCUCUAACAUCAAUGUGCAAACUUAUAGUUGUUAUUUUCUCUUCACUAAUAUGCUACAUUUCUAUGUAAGUCAUUAUACUGUCAGUGAACUUUUAAAUGUAUGUCCAGCAUGAUGAAAGACUCCUUUACCUGUUUUUCCUUCACCUCUACUGGUAUUUAGAUGGUCAUAUUCAUUAUUGGAACAGUCCAAAGACAGAAAUCAUGGAAUGAAAACAACUGGGCAGGAUUCUUUCUUUUCUUCUGAACUGUGAACAUUUUCAGCCUUGUGAGAUUAUGUAUUUUAACCACCAGAGUCCCUGACAGACAUGCAUCAAAAAACGUAACUGGCUUGCUUCAAAAAGUCCAGAUGAACAUCAUUAUUUAAAUCUAUAUUUGUAUUCAGAUGUAUUUGUAUCCUUGUCUUUGCUUAAAAGUAUUUCUUUGCAUGACUAUGUCUUUCAAAGGAGUUAAGACAGGCUUAAAAAGGACAAACCUAUUGAUAGCUAUGAGUAAUAAUGGCUAGCUGUAUUGUUUUUGUCUCUGAACACCAAUUGCGGGAGUAUAGCAGUGUGGGAAGACCUUCAUGUCCUUCUUUUUUCCCCACAAGAAAUCUUUUUUUAUUAACUGAAUACAAAACACAAAGAAAAAGAAAUACACAAAAUUAUAAAAGAAAAAAAGAAAGCUAAAAAAGAAAUAAAAACAUACAGGACAUAAACUAAUGGACACACGUACAUGCAUGAAAAUUGUACAAUAAAUGUUUCAAAGAAUGGAAGCCAUAAUUCAUUACAAUCAUCCACAGCUAGUCUAUUUUAAUAACUUAGUGGUUCAUAAAUUGCUGGUAAUGUCAAUUCUGCAGUCCAUUGGAUAGUUGGGGCCAUAUGUUUAUCUUUCCAAUGCUGUAAGAAGGGUAUUGAAAAUCCACUUUCUUUGUCCAGAUGUCAACUUCCAUCUGGUAGGAAUAAACUUCAAAAGAAUAUGAACAUCUGAAAAUACUGAGUCUCAAACUUGAGUUAAUGCAUAUAAUUCCUUAUUUCCGAAAUGGAACAAUUGUUGGACACUUCAUUAAAUGAAACAUUAAUUUCACUGCAUCUCCAACAACGUAACUUCAGAUUCUGCUGGCGGCAGCAACCAUGAGGGGGUCCACAAAGAUUAUUUUGACUCAGGACUACUUUGACUAUUCUAAUGAAAUGGCAGGAACACCGUCUCCAAAUGUCUGCCCCAUGAUGGUAGUUACUCUGCUAUGGCAGCAUGUCCAGUCACAAAAUGAAGUAGAUUCAAUUGAAAGAAAGCAUAGAUGUAUUAAUAUGAACUUGCAUACAGAGACAAAACUAUAUAUAUGAAUAAAUAAAUUAAAAUAGCAGCCUGCAUUCCUUUUCUCUAAAAAAAACCAUUUCCCUUUACAACAAUAUUAGCAACUGCAAUAAAGUUAUUUCCAAGCAACCCCUAUAAUAAUUUUCCCCUUAAAUUAAUUCAGGACACUUUGGUUAACACAAAGAUUCAGACAUAUUUUUUCUAUUAACUUUCCACAGACAGAGUCAUGCAAUCAUAUAUUUCCUCAUUUAACCUUAUCCACAUAAAAAACUCACCCCCUUCCGAUGUGUACGUAUUGUAUAUCCCCCACCUACGCACUAAAAGGCACAGGAGGGCUUCAAAUUCUGCCAUUUUAUACCCACUGUGAGAAGAGGGAGCAAUUCUGAGCUCUGUUGCCAGAAGCUAAAGGGCAACUAUGAAGCUUGUUUGUCCCCUAGGAAAGUAAGCCAAGUUACUCUAUGUGGCAGACCCUGAAGUACUAAAGCUGGGAAGAAUGGACAUUAGGCCCACUCAGGUCCUUCUACCUCCCCAUAAGUGACAUAGAGAUGGGAGGAUUAAAGGCAGCACUUUAUUUUAAAUCAAAUCAGGAGAGGUUGAGUGCAUGGUGGUAUCCUUCGGUGUUGCACUGCUGAUUCCAGAUAAAAUUACAGGGCCAUUCCUCAUAGUUGCAAUUCUGUGCUUCUCUCUAGUCUGUAUUUCAUCCUGCCCUACUUCACCCUGCCCUUGUUGCUGAGCUCUUUCUGGAGGUGAGCAACCAGUUCUGUCCUGAUAUAUUGAUUGUAGGAUAAUGUAAGGAAAGCAACUGGGCAUCAUGUGCUGGGAGGAAAAACCAUCACCAACUGUUCUUCCCAAGUGAGAGAUCAGUUGUUAAAACCUGGUCCUGGGCUUGUGCAUAUGUGAUUUUGCCCAGUAAAGCAGGCAAUGCUUCUCUGCCUCACUGGGUAGAACCCACCCCAUUUCCAUGUGGAUCAGGCAUUACAGCAUGAACGCCGUCCACCCAUGCCUGUAGGGAGUGGGAUUGGGGUAUAUUUUGCCUAGUAAAGUAAGAUCAGGUACUGCCACCCAAGAAUCAGCAGGAAGGGAAUUGGGAGAGCAGAUUAUUGGCCCAUUCUCCGAUCCCACAGAGCCACUUCCCUCCCCCUUUCUCUCUACAGUAGUCUCUUCCCUUCCCCCUUCCUUCACCCCACCCCCUGAUCAGGUGCUGGACACAUGUGCAAAAGUCUUCCAGAAGUUCCAUGUGACAGAACUUCCAGAAUGUGAUAUCUUGUUCUGGGUUUGAAAUAAAAUGUAUUUUCCUACUGUGCAUCUAAUAGGCAUGUCUAUUCCUGUUAUGACUUUCUUGUAGCUGAUGAUGUUCUACUUUUAUCUACCCAUAAUAAAGCAUAUAGAAGGAUUCCUCAGUCAUUGCUGCUAUAAAGAAAGCCAUUUGUAAACACAGAGAGAGUUAAUCUCACUUAAUUAGUGCUGUUGUAUAUUGCAAGUGCCUAGAGAGAGCUGAGAAUGAUUGAUGUAAAGAGAACUUCAACUGUACCAAAAGUGUAAUCAUAAGUAAACAUUUAUGCAGUCCUUGAUUUAAAUGCUCAAAACAAUUCAAAUACUGUGUCGAUUACCUAAGUAAGCCUCACAGCUAUAACUGGCUAGUACUGCAUGCCUAAAUCACAAGGACAUCUCAGUAUGGUUGGUUGUGGCAAAAGACCAAAAAACAAUCAAAAGCCAAAAUCAGUUAAAAAGCACAUCCCUUUUCAAAGGAGGCAUGUGUUUUUUAACCAACUUUUUAUAGGCUUUUGUUAUGUAGUGAUCUUGCCACAAACAUGGAAUUUUACCAAUAAAUCAAAAGAUAAUUUCCAUUUUUAUACUUACUGUUGACUAUGAUUCCUUCACCCAAGAUUACUUUCUAAUCCUCACCCAAUGUGGGAGGUUGUGGAAAGAUUAAGGAAGUAAUAGAAGGGAGAAGAGACAUAAACAAUCAAGGGAUGGAAGGCAAGUCAGUUGACAGCUUAGCUUAUAAAGGGCAGUUGAGCCCAAGUGGCAAGAAACCUUGGGAAGAAGCAUUUCUAAUCAUUCAAAGAGACCGCUGCUUAAUCAUUGGAUGACCUUGAGCCAGUCACUAUCUCAGCUACAGUAUUCCGGGCUGUUGUUCUGAGGACAAUAAUGGAAAGAAAAGCUGAACUCAAGAAGUUCAAAAGCUGAACACAUGAAGUAUAUGAGGUCUGAACUGCUUAAAGCAGUUUUUUCAAACUUGGCAAC